AUGGCUCCUAUCGACCCCGCAUCAUUGGUACUGGUGACAGGCGGCAACGGCUUCAUUGCCGCCCACUGCAUCGCGACUCUCCUGCGAUCCAGCUACCGCGUUCGGGCAACAGUGCGCUCUUCCCAGAAAGCAGAUGACACGCGCAACGCGCUCGCUUUGGCAGGUGUUCAGAAUCUCUCUCACCUCGAACUAGUCGUCGUGCCAGAUCCCACCGAUUUACAGGCUUUCUCUGCAACACUGCAAGGCUGUCAGGCUGUCCUACACUUGGCUUCGGCUUUUAACUAUGAUGCUGUACCGGGAGAAUUUGAAGACAAAUUGAUGAUCCCUGCGGUUCGAGGUACACACGUCGUGUGUGAAGCCGCUAAACAGCAUUCUACUAUCCGACGGGUGGUGAUCAUGUCCAGUUUUGCUAGUGUCUAUGACGCUAGUCUCGGCUUGCAGCCGGGGUCAGUGUAUACCGAGAAAGAUUGGUGUCCGUUGACAUAUGAGGACGGAGUGAAUGCUGCUGCUGUGCCUAUCGCAUAUCGUGCUUCGAAGGUUGUCGCUGAGCGCGCUGCUUGGGAUUAUGUUCGUGAUAACUCCGUACAAUACCAACUCGUUACUCUGUGUCCUGGAAUGGUGUUUGGUCGAAUGAUCCAUCCAAUUUCAUCUCUAUCUCAGCUCAACGCUAGCAACCAGAUUGUCUGGCAGGUGUUGAGUGCUGGAAAAGAGGGGGAAAUGCCGCCCACAAAAGCUCCCGUCUGGAUUGACGUUGAAGAUCUGUCUGAGACAAGCCUCAAGGCCCUGACAUUCUCGGGAACGGGGCAUGAAAGAUUCCUGGUGACUCAGGGAUCCUAUGAUACACAGGAAAUUGCCGAUAUCGUUCGCUCCCGACUUCCAGAGAGACAGCGUGUGCCUGUGGGAGAACCCGGGAAACGCAUUGCUGACACACACUACUCCUGCGAUUCAUCAAAGGUGCAACGAGUGUUGGGAGUCAGGUUUCGGGGACUAGAGCAGUCAAUUAUUCCCUUGGCCGAGCAGCUAUAUGAUAUGGAGGGGUGUUAA